AUGGAUAUCUCUCAUUUGAUGAUACAUUCCCAACAAAUUGAAGAGGAAAAUCUAGAGGAGAAGUCUGGGCAGUCAAAGAGGGCAAGGACCAGUGAUGGUGAUUUUCUCAUUCUAGGGGUGUCUAACCAUAAUACUCAUGGAGGUACUGGUAAUGGAUCUUCUAACCCUGCUUGCCAAAGGAAUUGUAAGAAGGCUCAACCUAGUGGUUCUGGUUCGGGUGCUCCUCGACAGAAUAAAUUUUAUGCACUUCAGACUCGACAAGAUCAUGAGGGUUCUCAGAAUGUGGUGACCAGUAUGUUGAAAGUCUUUCAUUUUGAUGUCUAUGAUUUGCUUGAUCUGGGUGCUACAUUUCCAUUUGUUACUCCUUAUGUGGCCAUGAGAUUUGAUGUUGGUCAUGUAAUCCUUUCUAAUCCCUUUUAUGUUCCUACUCCUAUUGAUGAUUCUAUUAUUGCUUAG